AUGAUACUGCGACGUUAUUUAUACCGUCCUUUGAAAAGGAUUGUAGUUUAUAACACAUUUAUACGAAAUUCACCAAUAACUUUUCAUCGACUAGUAACAACCAAACCAUUUUUCGAUGAGAAUCCAAAAUUAUCAAUAGGAACAAAGGUAUCUAACUUUUUGACUAGUUUUAUUGAGGAGGAUGAACCUUUGCCAUCUGUUGAUCAAGUCACUCAGUUUACUACUCCAGCACAGAAAUUAUCAGUCGAAGAAUUGAUACGGCAUCACCCAAAAUUACACAAGGAUUUGACAUUGACCAUCGAUCCCCAGAACAAAUUAUUUAUUUUAUUAGCUUAUGACCCUGUAAUGAUAGACCCCCAAUUGUAUUUACAUUAUUAUCAGUUUGUUGCCAACUUGGAAACCACCACCAAAAGAUUACUUGUACAUAGACUACUUUUCCACAAACAAUAUGAACAAUGUUGGCAAUUAUUCACAGAAUCAUAUACAUCCUUAUCUGAAUUAGAUGAGUAUGUAGAUAUUGCAUGUACUUAUCUAACGAAGCUAGAUAAUGAAUUCCUAAAAGUGGAAUUCUUAAGUACCCUUUCCCUAAGUGAAUCCGAACAAAAUCUUCGAGCACUGAUUCUAACAUCAAUAGAGCAUCACUUAAAGAUUACUUCAGCUGAAAUAGAGGAAAUAUUGGACUUUUGGUCUUACGUAAACAAUUUGAACACGUUAGAAGAAUUAGAAACAUAUUACAACGGCAUUGACCGAGACAACAACUACCUACGUACCCUAUAUCUAAAAAGAGUGAUGACCAUGUUACAGUAUGAUCCAGAGUUGUCAAAACAAACCGUAGCGAAAUAUCUAAUGGAAUCACCUAAUAUAACAUCAAGUAAAGGAUGGCUAAGUCUGAUCUUCCCCCAAUAUCUUGGAUCAACAUAUUUACAUUCAUUCGGUACUCCCACCGAAAUUCAACCGUUCGUACAGUCCAUUAAUUUGCUACCUCGUGACUCAUUAGAACAACUAACCAAAUCUGAUGUGGUUUACAUCCUCAAUGCCAAUGUCAUCAAUCCAUAUGCACUUUUCCUGAUCAUACAUGGAACCUCCCUAUGUUCCAUUAAACCAAUUGCAAACCAUAUUAUGAAGAAAAUACUAGAACGUCAACGAUAUAGUGAAAUAAGAGCUGUCUUUCUAAGUCUGUAUAAAGCCUUGGAUUCGGAAUAUGUUGCAAAGUGUAUUCAUAUACAAUUUAAUGAAUCUUUGGAUGACUUUAAGGAAUCAGUAAAGCUAAUAAAACGUCAUUUUGAUGCAGAAACCCUGGCUUCGAUCUUUGAUAAAUUCAUUUCAACUUCGGAAAUAGAUUUAAAUCAACUUCAUUCAUUACUACUAAUGUUCAUGUUUUUGCCAAAACAGGCAAGGGGGGCUAUAAAGCAAUUUACCCAUCAUCAGCCAUCUCCAGAUGUAAAUGAUUUGAUUAGGAUCAUUCUAGAUCCAAAGCUAACUUCCAGACAUAUAAUCUUAGAAUUAUUUCGGGCAGGUAUAUUGAGAAUGAAUAUCCGCGACAGUGUGUUUAUUUCACUUGUAUUAAACAAACUACUCGAAUAUACGAUUCCCAAGUCCAUAAUCAAAAGCAGGGACGAUCCGACCAGGGAGUUUGAUGCACUCUUUCAUGCUUAUGGUGAAAAGGCAAGAAUUCAAUUUCAUCAUGCAAUCCGUGCAUAUGCCCAAACAUUAUCUUUACUCCCAGCGGAUGAAAUUGCCAGGAUUCUAGAUGUGCUAACUACUUUCUGUUCCACUGAAUCAUUUUAUUAUGCCGGUGAUGAAUAUGCUAGAAGAUAUAUCAUGAAGGCCGUAACUAAAGAUAUGUUAAGAUUCAUAGAAAGAGCCAGAAAAGAUUCACCGAAAGAAUUAGCUGAAUUCCUUAGAACGAUAAUAGACAAUAUGACAACUCACAAACGUUGGGUAAAACAUUCCUUCUUCAGGGCGGUCGUUUUAGACGAUUAUAGAAACGCUUUAAAGUUAAUAGAGCAUUAUAAGGAUAACGAAAAGGAAAUAUCAAACUACAUCCCAGCCAUUAUGUCUGGGUUAUUAAAGAAUGAAAGCAUCAAUAUCAAUAAACGGAUCCAAUUGAUUGACGAAUUGCUUUUGACUUGGAAAGAGAUGGGAUAUAAGCAUACUAUAAAAAUCACUACUGCUCAUGAGAUUCUUCAUACGUUGAGAAUUGAAUCAAAAAGACAGAAUUUAAAUUCAGAUUCAGUCGCUUGGUUGCUGGAAAUGAGUAGAGAGAGCUUUUAUUUGCGAGAUGUAAUUAAGAAUUGUUACAAGAAUGGACCACGGAAAAAAGGAAUUUAG